AUGACGAAAGGUCCCGCCGAACUUGAGAGAGAUUGAGCUUGGGACCAAAGCAAGAAAGCGAACAAAAUUUUGUCUGAUUUUGGAUGGCUCCAUCCCAAGGACAAGAAGUGUGGUUCUCUUCAACUUCUACUAAUCUGUCCCCUAUCCAAGUCGAUCUCUUUUCUCGCAAAUUCUGCUCAAAAUCAAGUUUUGGAUCGCCGGUUCUAAUCUUUCUGGUCCAGUUUAUUAUUUUGCUCCAAUGGAUCUGUCUCGCCCCGAAAUUAUUCCUCGAAAAGGUUUUGGUUUGGGGAUUGGGGUUUGAGUUUUGUUUAUUUACCUCUUCUCUAACAUGGCACUCGCCACGCAAAUACACCUCGAUCGAUCAGCUGAACCUUUCUGUUCGGAAUCUGAAAUUUCUUGAACCUGUGGAAGUUCUCCACCUCCCAAUGGACGGCAUUAGGUUGAAUUUCUGAGAUUGUUUCAAGAUCUUUUUAGAAGCAAUAGCUGAAACCUGGUUCUUUCUGAGGAAUAAUGGCGAUGGCAUCAACCGCAAAGGUAUGUCUAGGCAGUAUCGCAUUUGGAUUUUUCUGGAUGUUAGCUGUUUUCCCUGCAGUGCCUUUCCUACCCAUCGGAAGAACUGCUGGUGCUCUCUUCGGCGCCAUGCUCAUGGUUAUCUUCCGCGUCAUAUCGCCCGACGAAGCUUACGAAUCCAUUGAUCUCCCCAUACUCGGUCUUCUCUUCGGAACCAUGGUCGUCAGCGUCUACCUGGAAAGAGCCGACAUGUUCAUCUACCUCGGUAAAUUGCUCUCAUGGAAGAGCAGAGGAGGCAAGGAUUUGCUCUUUCGUGUCUGUCUCGUCUCCGCAUUUGCGAGCGCUCUGUUCACCAACGACACUUCCUGUGUCGUUCUCACCGAAUUCAUUUUAAAAAUCGCAAGGCAAAAUAAUCUACCCCCUCAACCCUUCCUCUUAGCCCUAGCUUCCAGCUCCAACAUUGGCUCCGCUGCAACUCCCAUCGGUAACCCUCAAAACCUAGUUAUCGCUGUUCAAAGCAAGAUUUCAUUUGAGAAAUUCCUGCUCGGAAUCUUUCCUGCUAUGCUAUUGGGCGUGCUCGUCAAUGCCACCGUUCUCCUCGCCUACUUUUGGAAUCUUCUAUCCAUCGAAAGGGAUCAAGAAGUUGUAGAAGAAGCAGGAAACUUGUUUGCUGAGAACGAUGUGAUUUCUCACCGUUUCUCGCCCGCAACAAUGUCGCAUCUUAGUUACGCAAACUCCGAGGAACUCAAUUCCACCACCCUUGAACAGAUCCCAUCGCCAGUCAUGGAUUCUGGUCCAUCUAAUUCUACAAGAAGCAGACUUAGUGGAGGAAUGGAACCUGCGAGGAAUUCGAGCUCAUCAAUGGAAGCACUUGGAAGUACUGGAAUCUCGCAGAGAAGGGAGGAAGGAUCCUCCACAAGAAGAUAUUCUAGAAAUAUGAGCAGCCAUAGUAUUGAUUCUUCGAGAGAAACUUCUUCGUCUUACUCUUUAGAAGAGAAGGAUAGUGCAGCUGAGAAGUGGAAGAGGUGGAUGUGGAAAACGAGCGUUUAUGCGGUUACCAUUGGAAUGCUGAUUUCUCUUUUAGUUGGGCUCAACAUGUCGUGGACUGCAAUUACUGCUGCUCUUGCUCUGGUGGCUCUUGAUUUCAAGGAUGCUCGUCCUUGCUUAGAAAAGGUUUCUUACUCCCUGUUGAUAUUCUUCUGUGGUAUGUUCAUAGCUGUUGAUGGCUUUAAUAAGACUGGAAUACCGAGUACCGUUUGGGAUGCUGUCGAACCAUAUUCCCGGAUCGAUAGCGUGGGUGGGAUUGCAUUGCUUGGCCUAGUUAUUCUUAUUCUGUCUAAUGUUGCCUCCAAUGUACCCACUGUUCUUCUGCUUGGAGCAAGGGUGGCGGCAUCAGCAUCAUCGAUCUCGGCUUCCGAGGAGGCCCGGUCAUGGCUUAUACUUGCAUGGGUGAGCACGGUGGCCGGAAACCUCUCCCUGCUUGGUUCUGCGGCGAAUCUGAUAGUCUGCGAGCAGGCUCAAAGGGCUCAGUUUUUUGGUUACAACCUCUCCUUCCUAAGCCAUCUGCGUUUUGGGGUACCUUCCACCAUUAUUGUCGCUGUGAUUGGUUUGCCUCUCAUCAGAAGCUACUGAAACACUGUAAAUUUAUGGUAAAGUUUGAUUUCUACAAAUAAUCCAGUUGAUCUAUUUUCAUUGCUUUUUUAUGCAAUAAUUUGUAUAAUUUAGGAAUUGUGUAAACUAUAGAUAUUGAAACAUUUGUUUUCGAUAA